CACAUGUCUGUUUUCUAUUGUCCGCAGAGCAGGGUGUGUACCGCGGGGAGGGAGGCUGUGUGGGCUGGGCCGGGGCUGGCUGGCUGGCUGGGUGUUUUUCCCUUCAGCAGCAUCCUUUAAAUAUCUUGUGACAUCGCAUCCUUUCCGAAAGAUGCUCAGGGCGGAGGAGACGCUGCUUCAUCCGGAUGAUAAACGCAGCUCCGACUGGCUCACAUGAGGUGUGACUGACGCUCUCUGCUGCACCUGUAUGGAGAAAGGAAAGGCGCAAAAUGUGUGUAUGGCCACCGCCCGAGAUGACGGCUUUUUAACGUGGUGAGGAUAGUGGUGCUUUUUGAAAAAUUUUAACCAAAAUGUCUAAAACCAAACAUUGCGAGGCGGUCAGGGUGGUGGUCCGCUGCCGGCCGUUCAGCAAGAGAGAGAGAGCGGAGUGUGAAAACAUUUUGGAGAUUGAUGACAAACUGGGACAGAUCACCAUCAGGAACCCGAAGGCACCACCUGAUGAGCCGAUGAAAGUAUUCACGUUUGAUUCCGUGUAUGGCUGGGAUUCAAAACAAAGCGACAUUUAUGAUGAUGCGGUGAGACCUCUCGUGGAGUCCGUGCUGCAAGGCUUCAACGGGACUAUAUUUGCCUACGGGCAAACCGGGACAGGUAAGACACACACCAUGCAAGGGAUUACAAACGACCCAGAGAGGAGAGGGGUCAUACCGAAUUCAUUUCAGCACAUUUUCACACAAAUAUCCAGAACUCAGAAUCAGAAAUACCUGGUGAGGUCAUCAUACCUUGAGAUCUACCAGGAGGAAAUCAGAGAUCUGCUGUGCAAAAACAACAACAAGAAGCUGGAGCUUAAAGAAAAUCCAGACUUUGGGGUUUAUGUGAAAGACUUGUCUGCUGUGGUGACUAAGAACGCCACUGAAAUCGAGCAUGUGAUGAACAUGGGCAACCAGUCCCGGUCUGUGGGGUUCACCAACAUGAACGAACGCAGCUCUCGGUCUCAUGCGAUUUUUGUCAUAACUGUGGAGUGCAGCGAAGUGGGGCCAGAUGGCGAGGACCACAUCCGAGUUGGGAAGCUGAACAUGGUCGACCUGGCUGGCAGCGAGCGCCAGAGCAAGACAGGUGCCAAAGGGAAGAGGCUGAAGGAGGCGGCCAAGAUCAACCUGUCUCUCUCAGCGCUGGGGAAUGUCAUCUCAGCUUUGGUGGAUGGGAAGAGCACCCACAUCCCGUACAGAGACUCCAAACUGACCCGCUUACUCCAGGACUCACUGGGUGGCAACGCAAAGACUGUCAUGAUAGCUACAGUGGGGCCUUCGCACAAGAACUUUGAAGAAUCCCUGGCCACGCUCAGGUACGCCAGCAGGGCCAAGAACAUAAAGAACAAACCUCGGAUUAACGAGGACCCUAAAGAUGCCCUGCUGAGGGAGUUUCAGGAGGAGAUUGCACGCUUGAAAUCCCAGCUGGAGGAGCAAGGGAUGCUUGCAAAGGAGAGGAGGAGGAGAAGGAACAGUAAAAGACUGAGUAAAAGCAUGGCUGGGAUGGAAGAGGACAUCUUUAAAGAGAGCCUCACUGAGGUUUGGAAGGCAGUUCAGGAGGAAUCAGAGGUGAAACACUACACGAAAGAGGGAAGCGAUGUCCCCAAGAGUCUGACCUGGCAGGGAAGCAGUGAGAAGUUAAAGCCCCUGAAUGAGCACAGGAAAAGUAUGGAGGACAUGCAGUGGGAUCAGGAUGCUUUGGAGAAGAUCAUAGAGAAAUAUAAGACGAUGGAGAGCAAACUGUUAGUGGGAGGGAAGACUAUAAUUGAUCACACCAAUGAACAACAAAAAAUGCUGGAGCUGAAGAGACAAGAGAUUGCAGAACAGAUAAGACGUGAGAGAGAGAUCCAGCAGCAGAUGAUGCUGCAGGAUGAGGAGACCUUAGAAAUGAAAGAAACAUUCUCCUCCCUGCAGCAGGAGGUGGAACUAAAGACAAAGAAGCUGAAGAGGUUGUAUAACAAACUACAGUUUGUGAAGGGGGAGAUAAGAGAUGUCAUUGAUGAACACGUCAUAACCAGACAGGAGCUCGAACAGACGCAGCAUGAGCUCACCAGAGAACUCAAGUACAAAUAUCUCUUAAUUGAGAAUUUUAUACCUCCUGAGGAAAAGAACAAGAUUAUGAACAGGCUCCACUUUGACAGUGAGGAGGAUCAGUGGAGACUCCAGCCAGUCAUUCCAUCAGAAAGUGUACCCACUCAGGUCAAGAGAAGGCCUCUCUCGGCUGUGGGAUACAAGAGGCCAAUCAGCCAAUAUGCACAGAUGGCUGUUGCCACGGCAACUGGGGCCCCAUCUAGAUACCAGGCUGAAAAUAUAAUGCUGUUGGAGUUAGAUAUGUCUCCACCAACCAUGUUCACCUUGAACCUUAACGGGGCUCACCUGGAGAGGGCCUUCUCUCCGGGGCUGGUGCGGGAUCUUCCAGUGAAUAUUAGAGAGAGGGCAGGUUCAUCAUCCCGGGUCAGGAAAUCCCAGUCCUGGUAUCAGGCACCACAAGCAGCAUCUGUCACAUCAUCGUCAUCCUCCACCACUCUGACAUCAGGAUCUCAGAGCUCCUCUCCCUCUCACAGACAGAGACCAUCCUCUGCUGCCUAUCUUCCACUGGGAGGUCCAGUUCAGACAAGCCCCUGAUAUGUGUUGAUAGACCUGUAUUGUAGGACUUGCCUUAGUUCAAAGGUGGCACCAAGUACUGAGGACUCGCUAAAGGGGUGUUUUGGAGAGGUGGGGGGAAAUGUUAUGCCUUGAUUUUACAUUUAUUCCAUACUUUUCUUUCUCUAUUUUUGAGUAAGAAUUGCUUUAGUAAGCAUGUAUUCGGCUUAACCAGAAAGACGAGCAUCCUCCGUUCAUUUCCAAAGAAUGUCUGUCAUGUGAAUGCAGUGGAGAAUCUGUGGAGCUUUUUCAGCUGAUCUUGCCCCGUUUGCUGGCUUUUUCCUACUGUUGCCUAAACCAUGUAGUUUCUCUUGGCUCACACUGGCCUACCCAAAUAGCACAGCUAAAACAUGCAGGUUUGACAUACAGUAAACUGUUUUAGGGAUCUUUUCAGACCAUUAUUUUUUAUUUUUGUUUUGGUUAAUGAAUUAUUUACCAACAGCAACAUCUAAGUCUACGUUUUUCUUUAUAUAAAAGUGGUCUUUGCCUGAACGCUGGGGGGUGACUGCAGAACUGGGGGCCACCCUUGUUUAACCUCUAUGCUUGAUGAAUUGUUGCUUGAAUUAGUAGCUAAUGUAAUUGUGAGCCAAAAAAAAUGUGAAGAAAGCUUCCAGUGCUCUCUUGAUUAGCUGCCUUAUUUUUUCAUAGUUGUGAAAUCGUGCAAAGUCCAUUUGCUUACACAUGGAAAUAAACAGACUGAAAUGA